AUUCGCUACUGUUCUAUCUUGGCAAUAUUGUAAACAAAGAAUGGGAAACCCUGAUUUAGUUCAUAUUUUGACCACCAGAGACUGCAUAAGUCGAAUCUUCAGCCAAUUUCUGUAUCCCUCGCGCAGGUGCCAAAAAUAAUGAAUCAUUUCUGGUAGGUCCACUCUUGAGAAAAUAGUUUUCCAAAUUCCCUGAAUUUCUUCUGAUAUUGAUAAUACAUAAUAUUCAUGCUUUUUAUCCCUUAAAGUAUAAUCUUGAUAGAAUUUUUUGGUUGGCUUAAAAAGGCUGAUAGGUUGGCUGAUUUUCGAGGAACUCCUAGUGAAUAUGACGCCAUUGUUAUUCAAUUAAAUUAUUGUGAACUGACUGAUGAGAAGUGCAAGUGCUGCCUCCUGCUCCUGCCUACUGCCUAGCCUGACUUGAAAAAUGGCGAAGAAAACAUACGAUCUUCUUUUCAAGUUAUUAUUAAUAGGAGAUUCUGGUGUUGGAAAAACCUGUGUUCUUUUUAGAUUUUCAGAUGACGCAUUUACACCAACUUUUAUAUCAACAAUUGGUAUUGAUUUUAAAAUUAAAACAGUGGAGCUAAGAGGAAAGAAAAUUAAACUUCAAAUAUGGGAUACAGCCGGCCAAGAAAGGUUCCACACAAUAACUACAUCAUAUUAUCGGGGAGCGAUGGGUAUAAUGCUAGUUUAUGAUAUCACAAAUGAAAAAAGCUUCGAAAACAUAGUAAAAUGGCUCAGAAAUAUUGAUGAGCAUGCAAACGAAGAUGUGGAAAAAAUGAUACUCGGUAACAAAUGCGACAUGGAUGACAAAAGAGCUGUUAGUAAAGAACGAGGAGAAGCGAUUGCUAGGGAACACGGAAUCAGAUUCAUGGAGACGUCGGCGAAGGCGAACAUCAACAUCGAGCAGGCGUUCAACGAGUUGGCGGAGGCGAUCCUGGUGAAGACGGCCGGCCGCGACCUGACAGAGGCGCCCGACCGCGUCCACGUCGACAAGCGGGUCGAACGAGGCGUCAACCGAUGCUGCUAGUCUAGCCACAGCCAACCAUCUCUCUACUCUAUCUAGCGGGUCUUCAGGAGACUCACACCACUUUACCGACUGCAAUAUCAUGUGAUAUACGCUUUUAAUAUACAUCUCACCAAAUGACAACUGUAGGUCUCAAAGUGUUGUAGCUGAAAGCUAUUACAUUUUGUACGUGCAUCUUUUGUAUGUUUUAUUGUGGAAAAUUGUUCUGUAUUUAUACAUUUUUCUAAAAAUAUUUUUCGGUAUCCUACUCGGUUUUACAAUUAUAGUAAAAAAUGGGUAAAUAAAAGAGGGCCUCAACGUCUAUUUUUAAUUUUAUUUUGUAAUUCUCUGGCUUAAUUUCGAAAUUUUUAGGUUUAGUUUAAAAGUGUUCACUAUCCUAAACACUGGAACAUUCAUGAACUGAAAUUGUUUUUCGAAUCCGUUGUAGUAAGCGUUAUGGUUUCGAACGUGAGAAUUCUUUUUGUCUUAGUUUAACGUAUAUGGUUAUAGCUAGCAUACCCUGCUAAUUCUUCAACAUCUCUUAUAAAUUCAACUCCUACUAUAAUUUCCAAAUAAUAUAAUUCAGGUUUUUACUGUCAAGUUUGAAUGUGAACAAAUGUCCAAUUAAUGCUCUCUAUGUCUGUCUUUUAGAAAAUUUGCAGAUGACACAAUUUAAUGUUAAACUUAACUGAUUCCUUUUCCAAUAUAAUAAUUGAUACUUAUUUUGAAAUUUCUGUUAAUUUUUAUUCAUAUACUUCACUAAAAUCCUAUCAAUGACCAUUCAAUUUUCACAAUUACAAAUGUUUACAAUGUAAAGAACAAAUCGUAAUCGAAAGCUCGAAUAUUAAGUUUUUGAAGUAUCGAAACAUGUUUCUCCUGAAGACCUUCUACCGUAAUGAAAAAUUUCAAACUUUGAUGAACUAUUUUUAAUAAAAAUAUACCUUCUAUUUACCACAAGCUGUUUUCUGCUGGGUUGUAUAAGAGUGAAUGAGCAUUGUUCUCAUUUGGUAUCGUGUGUUUUAAUAUUCAAUUAACAUGAUGUUCUUGUGUUCACAUGAUUCUAUUGUCACAAUUUGAUGCCACUGUUCGACACUCCUCACGUCAAUAAAAUGUCAUUUUUAUCAAUUAUAUGAUUCAGCAUCAAUGGCAGAGAAGUUCAGUGAAGACUUGAUCUUGAUUGGUUGUUUCAUUGAUAACGCGUUUGGAAAAUAAGUUCAUCUUCUUUUGGAGUGAAGUGUCGGUUAGAGUGAGCAACAGGCUGUUGGGUGGCCCCAUAUUAAAAUGCGAUUAUUAGUUUUUUUGUUCUGCAGAGGUCGUACUUUCAUUGUUUCACUGAAAAUAGCUUAACAAAGUUUUAAUUGUAACGCAUAUGCUUUUAAUAAUUUUAUUGGUUCUACUUUUGUACUCUGAACAUUGUAUGCAGUAUCUACCUGCUCUCAAUAAAUGUAAGUUUCACAAUGAAAUUUAUUAUUAUGAUAUGUUAUUCGUAUUACUUAUAACUCUAUAGAAGUAACCAUGUAUAAAAAUUCUUUGUGAAAAUAAGGAAUCACGUGAAAUUUCACCGUAGUAUUUGUUCAAUUUCAAAGGCAACUGUGAGUGUUUCAAAAAAUUGUCACGUUUCAAUCAAGUUACUGACUAGAAUAUUUGAAGCUUCAUUAAAGUUCAGUUCUUUCGUUGAACGGUCUAGAGUUGAACAAAUUAUUUGUGUAUCCAUCACAAGGUGUAUUAGGAACAGCUAUCAUUAGAAGAUACUUUAUAUAGGAAGCACUAAUGAAAACUUUUCGAUUUAUUCUUGAAUAAUCUCUCAAGCAUAUUUGAACUUUUUCUAUUUCUAGUUUAUUGUUUUUUAUAGAACGAAAACAAAAAUUUUAUUGUUUUUAAAUUAAGCAAUAUUCCAGUAGAAACAAACAAUUUUUAGAGUUAAUUAAUGAAUAAAAAAGAAACUCCUAAGCAUAUUUAGCAUGCAACGAGUAAGCUAAUUAUUUCUACAGAUAAAUAAAUAUUAUAAAAAAGAUCGGGGUGAUCCUAAAAGGGGGUCUUUUUAGUGAAUUUAUUCUGAAAAAUAUUUUGAUUUUGUUAUAAUAAAUACGGUAUUUAUUGAGAAGAGAAAAUCAAAUUGAAGUCUUGGUGCUCACAUGUCUUCCCGAAUAUCUAAUGAAUAUUGCGUUCAAUUCAACCUUUCAGAAAAUUCCACGAUAUUUCAAAUAUUAUCAUCAUGAACUACAUAGUAAUAAUAUUCAAGUCCACCCUAUUUUCAACACCUUGUCCAAUAAAAUGACUAAUUUCACUUGAAAAAAGUGAAAUUACUCACUAAUUUCAUUCAAUUUUUGUUUUUAUUAUUUCAUUACAAACCCAAUAGAUCUUAAUUCUCACAGAUGAAUUAAAAUUAUUUUAAAUAAUGACACACAAGCAAUAGUAUCCAUAUCGUUUUUAUAAUAAUGCAGUAAGCUGUGUGUUGCCCUGAUAGCAGCUAAAGAACCAGCUAUAGGCCUUCGGCGUUCAUUACAAACUUUCAAUUUCUAUUCACAUUGUACAAAUAUAUUCUCCACUUGAAAAACUUGCGAAUGAGUUUUAUUUGUUGAUUAAAAGAUAUUUAUAUAGAUGUAUUAAGUAUUAGUUAAUCACAUUAUUUUCAAAUUUAUUAAGUCGUCUCAAUUACAAAUUUAAUUUUGAUUUGAUGGAAAACGUUUGGGGCUAACUGCUCGCAUUAUGACUAAUGCUCAAUUAGAUUUGUAUUCGACAGUAUGCAGAUUUUUAGAUUGCCGUAACCUUUUACUCUGUGUCGUUAGAAUUUUCUAUCAUUAGUAUAUAAUCUUGAAGUUUAAAAUCCUGUAAGAAAUUGCUUUCUCUGCUAAUGUCUUGUUUAUAUAAUCAAUAUUUUAAUCGAAAUAUUUUGCCAGAAUAAAUCAUUGAUUCUAAUUCAUAAUAUAAUUUGUGAAGAAAAAAUUCAAAAUACAUACUAAUCUAAUAAACAGCUUAUCGUCAUAGACUGUGUACCCUGAAAACAGAACCAUUUCAUAAUAGAUUUAAUUUUCUCUAUUGGCAGCUCCAGAUUUGAAUUGAACCACUCAAUUUUCUAUAUCAAGCGGGGGAAUUAAUAUUCUCUCAUUCCCCGUAUUUGAUCCGUAGAUUUUGCUCCAUGGUUGGCAAUUACGGUAGUUUGUUAUAAAUUUUAUUGGAAACUGGACUCAGUUUUUAAGUGUUGGGUAAUUUUUUCUAUGUUGGCUAUCUAAACUAUGCUCAUUUUUAUGGUAAUUAUAAUAUUAUUAUACAAUAUACUAUAGUGUAAUAAUACUAUUAUAAUAAUCAUAGUUAUUCAUUUUUUUCUAUUGUGUAUAUGCAUCAUUAAAAACUUAUAAUAUGAUCAUAAAUUAUGCUUUGAAUGCUUAAGUAAAGUUCAUUAGUAUGUGACUUUAUCAAAUUAUAAUAAUUAUGUUUACCAUUCUAAUAGUUUUUUAGUUAUCAAGGAACAAACUAAGUUUAGUUUUCUAUGAAUGUAAUCAAUAAAAAAAAAUUAGCUUUUUGAACGAAUGCACGUUCGCUUACCACUGCAUGUACCUACUUUUAAUUAAAUGAAAGCAAUCUAUUACAUUUCUUAUUCAGUGUUGAAUAAGUAGUCUCUUGGAAUGAGAUUGAGAUAAAAAACAUAAAAGUGAAGUUAUUUAAAAAAUUAAUCUACCGUUCAUUAUAAUCAGUUGACAUUUUAAAAUUCAUUCAUUUAUAAGUUAAUAAUAAUAUAAUAUAGAAAUGUUUUUCGACAAAGAUCUUUAUAAUCUCUUCAAUAAUAUCAUGCCUGAUUCAGAACAUUCAUUAAUAAGUUACUGCAGAGUAUAAUAAUUGUGAACUCAUGUACCGUACGUAAAUAAAUGAACUGCUUUUGUCAAUUUUUAAUUAAAUGUUUCUAGUCUGAAAUCUAGUAGAAAUGUAUUGUUAAUGUACACUUGCAAUAGCUUCCCCUUGCUUGGUAUUUGAUUGAGAAGUUAUAAAUCAAUUAAAAUUCCAGCAAUCGCCAAUGCGUGAAGAUUUCAAUCCAUUCAUACACAAUUCAAAAGUUCACCUUUGCAUGAUUGAAAAAAAUAUGAUUUUCAUAAAAUAGGUACAUUAAAAGCACAACAUAUGUAAUAUAGGCAGUAUUAUACUUCAGUGUGUACAGAAUUUGUAAAAAAUGACUUGAUUGACAGUUUGUUAUUUUCUAUGUAAAUAAUAUUCCUAUAAUAAAUAACGUUGUACAUGCUUUGCAUUUAUUUGUCAA